UUAUAUUAUUACCGCUGUCUCGCGGCACAUGUGACUCGCACAGUCCUCCACGUUGGUCGCCUCACUGCUGAUGUCAAGAGAAGGAAAAACCCAACUUCCUUGUUACCAGCUGACAGUUGAGAGAACAAGCGAGUCUUCGCCACAUUUCCUCAGCAGUGACAGACCCUUCAGCAGAAAAACACGUCCAACAGCCGGUCUGAGGUUUUUAAGGUUAAAGAUGAGUGACUUGAAGCUGAAGAUAUGAAUGCUGGUGUUGCUCUCUACACCUCUGUUCACCCGUGGAGUAAAGACCCCAGCACCACCCCUCUACACCUCCCAGACUCUGACACUCCUGCAUGGAUCUUCCCUUCACUUCUCCCUGCGGCUCCAGACUCCUCCCACCCCUCCUGUGAGAGAAUGUACCCUAGUGAAUCUGACCCCCAGCACCUGGACGCCCAACUGGACUUCUGCCACAAGCUCGGGUACUCCACGGCUCAGGUUCAGGCUGUUCAGCAGAAGUUCGGCCCCAACAUGGACACAGAUAAACUACUGGGGGAGCUGGUUAUGAUCCGGGCCAGUCGGGAGGGCGGUCAGGGGGCUGAGCAGGGGCCGGUCACCACGAUGUCGGUGCUUGUGCCCAGAGGGGACCUCCAGGCUCUGGGGCCAACCAUGCAGCUGCCUGUGACUGCACCAUCUUUUCAGAGCAAAGAGGAGAGCAGUGAGGAUGAAGACGCUCUGAGACCCAUUGUUAUAGAUGGCAGUAACGUGGCCAUGAGCCACGGGAACAAGGAAGUUUUCUCUUGUCUGGGAAUCCAGCUGGCUGUAAACUUCUUCGCAGAGAGAGGCCAUACUGAAAUAACCGUGUUUGUUCCUUCAUGGAGGAAGGAGCAGCCCCGGCCAGAUGUUCCUAUCACAGAUCAGCACAUUCUGCGAGACCUGGAGAAGAGGAAGAUUCUGGUGUUUACGCCAUCGAGACGUGUCGCAGGCAAACGGGUGGUCUGCAACGACGAUUGCUUCAUCGUCAAGCUUGGCUACGAGUCUGACGGCAUCGUUGUUUCCAACGACAUGUACCGGGACCUUCAGGGAGAGAAGCCUGAGUGGAAGCGCUUCAUCGAAGAGAGGCUGCUAAUGUACUCCUUUGUUAAUAACAAGUUUAUGCCUCCUGAUGAUCCUCUGGGCCGUCAUGGACCGACCCUGGAGAACUUCUUGCGGAGGUUUCCAAAGACUCCAAAAAAACAGCCGUGCCCUUAUGGAAAGAAAUGUACCUAUGGAAUCAAAUGUAAGUUCCACCAUCCUGAGCGAGCCAAACAGUCCAACCGCUCAGUUGCCGAUGAGCUUAGGGAGAGCGCCAAGCCACCGUCCACUGCAGUGAAACAAUCCAGUCCUGUGCCUGGACAGAGCCUCUCACUGGUGGAGGAUAUGGCAAAGAAACUGACUCUGGUACAUGAAAGUGGCUCCUUAAAGAAAGAUCAUAAAUACGAUCAGGUGAAGGCGAGUCACCGCUCCAGCAAGAAGGCCACAUCUAGAAAGGAGAAGACCAGCCAGCACUCGGCCUCUGACCACAGCUCAGUGCGGCAGAGUAACUCACAUGAGCAGCUGGACUCUGGUCUAGGCUCCAUAGACAGUCAGCCGAUGGAUGCUCCUUGGAGUGUGUGUGAUCACAAGCAUAGUGCAUCAUACAAGAGCUCUCAGCACACCCACAGUGUGAGAAAACAGUAUUGCCCUCCGUGCAGCUGCUGCUCACAUGACCUUACUUCUCAUGGCACCACACCAGCAUUCCACCACCACAACCAGCAUUUCAGCAUUCCCUACCCGCCUCCUUAUGCUAGCUAUGGCGCAUACCCAGUCAGCAUGCCUGCAUACAGUCAGCCAACAGAUUUCCAGCACAGCAGAGUCCCCAGCCGCCCGCAGCAGCAGUACUGGUCUGAUCCGUUUGGGGCUUAUCCCCCAGCAGGCUGCAGCCUGCCAGGGGAGCGCUCGCACUGGGAGCCUCCUCAGGGGGCGAGUCCUGGCAGGGAGGAGAGAGAGGUUGUCAGAAAGAAGCUCCUCGCUAUCUUCAGCGCUCACUUGGUUGACACAGCCAUGGACAUGUUUCCUCAGCAGAUGGAUCCACAGAUGUUGGUUGUUGAGAUCCUCAAGUUGCAGAGUCAGAACAGGUCGCUGAAAUGAGAUGAAGAAGCGCUGAUGUAAACCCUCGUCUUUCAGUGGAAAGACUGAAAAGAUAAACAUGAGUUUGUGUAUUUAUGUAUUGUGGUAUCCACCUGUAUUCAAAUGCCUUUUUUUUUAAUUAUGUUACAUUGUAAGUUGCCUCUGUGAACUGGGUAAUUAGAGGCUGUAUGCGGUUGAUACAAAUUGUAUCUUUAUUAAAAAAUACAAGAAAAAGUGGAUUUUAAUGCCACUAAAUGGGGUUUAAAAGGUUAACACCCUGUUACUCUUAAGGUGUGCUCAGAAUCCACUGUAUUAGGUAGACUUGAUGCAUUGAACACCUGGUCUGCCAUAAAAUGUACUUGUAGCAUUGUGCCUCUGUCUUCUUGUAUCAUAUUGGCACCAUGCAUGUUUAUACUUUCAAAGCCAACUGUGCAGAGGGUUGGGCAAUGAUUCACUUUAAUCAACCCUUCAGUUAAAAUGUCACAGUGAAAUUACAAUGUUGAGUUGUUAUGAUGCACAAUUAUUCAGGGCGGUACUUACUGUCAGUAAUAAUUAAUCUCACAGAAGAUGAGAUUUAAAGUUUGUUUAUUUAAUGUGUUUUUGUAUUUGUUUUUUGCGGUACUUUUGUCCACCUUGCCCGCCUAGAGCAUUUGCUUGCUGUGAAGUUAUUACUGAGUUACAGAUGUUUUUCUGCGACAUAAAGUAGGAUGUUUUUCUUGGAUCAGACUCAGGAUUAAAACAGGCUGUUCAUAUGUAUCGUUUUCAAUCAAUCAAUCAAUUGGAAUUAUACAGGGUACAAGGUGUCGGCUGCAGCCACCUCUGAACAACAUAGAGCAGUGAUCCACAGCAGGCACAGGACAGCACCUCUCAUUCCCACAGUCACACCAGUCCUUACUGACCGUAAAGCACAUGCCCCCUCAGCAUAUAAAGAGGCACCUGGUUGAAUGGCGCUGUCCAGGUUUUAGCCAAGUUUCAGUGAAUCACAGAAUAUUACAGUUCCUGAUAUCCUGUUGGAAACUGAUGGGGCACGAAAGUCGCUCAGUUUAUCUUCCAACGUCUGUACAAUGGCUAGCAGGAUGCUAGUUCAGCCGGUGCAAUGUCCGUCUUUCUUCAAUGUUCACUGAUGUGUACAUUUGAAAACCUUGACUUAGCUAGCUAGCAGAAGUCGGCAGGAGGACAGUUUACAGCCCAGUGAGUUUAUUUCCCUAUCCUGAUGAGUGAUUCGUGGCCACACAUUACUGCUGUCCAAAGCCAAACACGAAAAGCAUCACCAACAUUUGUAAAAUAGACAUAAGAGCAUAAAUUUUGUACAAAUUUAGGGGAGCUGACAGAGCAGCAACAGAUUCGCGUCUACGUCAUCAAUGCGGAUGGAUGUUUGUAGGUGUACCUACAAUUUUUUUUAUAAGCCAUGUAAUCAAGAAGGCUGCGAUCAUAUAAACAAUGUGCUGACAGGAGUAAAGAAGGAAGUAGUUCUCAUAAGGAGGCAGGUUGCGGAGUUGUAGGGUCACAAGACUCAAGACCUUCCCCCAGGAGACUGAUGUUUGGAACUGUUUGAAACCAACUGAACUUUAAGUUAAUUGAAGGCACAUGGUAACCAUGUUUCUUUUCUAAACCUAACCCUACGCAACUUUACGUACGUAACGUCAUUUGCAGGGAGCUAAUUCCUCAGAUGUCAUACAAAUCAUUGUAUUAGGGCAUGUUAAUUUAAAACACAACUGUCAGUUUAAAGGUCUAGUGUGAAUGAUUUAGUGGCAUUUGUCUGUCUUUGCUGUUUUAUCACUACAAGAGAUGCAACUGUAACAAAUAUCUCACUUUCACUAUCCUCAUUCAUUUUAUUUUAUGAAGCCACAAAUAAUACUUAGCUACAAAAUAAACCUAAGAGCUUGAAGUUAGAGCUGAACUUCAGAGAGUCGUUCCUAUGAAGAUGACACACUGUCUUGCUCAGUUGCAUUUGUGUACACCUGCAGGUUUUCAGAACAAGUUGUAACUUGACUUGUUGCAAAUCUUUAGUCUAAACUGGGUUUUGGUAACAAAAACACAACAAUUCUUAUUAUCAGGUGAUUAUAAAUGAAUGAAAACAUUGUGAAUGUUGCACAUAAUUUCUGUCAAUAGAUGCCCUCAAAUCCUACACACUGGACCUUUAAUAAAAAUGUGCCAAUGUUAAAUUCUAGUUACAUUAUAUUAUUUACAUGAGGGCAAACUGACCAAUGGUCGACUGAACAUAACAGACCUGGACUGUUUUUUUGUUGUGUUUUGUUUAAUAUUUUGGGCUUCACUUUUGAAUGUCACUGUUAUAAAGUAAAAUUAAACAUUUAUAAUGAAA